GUUGAAACAAAUUAUAGUUAAAGAGGUUUUGGUUUAUCUUUUUGUACCAUGUCAGACUCGUCUGUAGCAAUAGUUACUGGAGGCGCUCAAGGUCUUGGAGCCGCCAUUUGCAUAGAAUUGUUGAAGAAGGGAUACAGAGUAUGCAUAGCUGAUAUUCAGGAAUCAACAGCGAAACAAUUCGCCGAGGAACAGCAACUUACUUAUGGCAAAGAAAAUGUCAUGGUGGUUUCUUGUGACGUAACUAAACAAACCGAUUAUGCAAGACUCUUCGAUGAAACACUUGCAGCCUUCCACAGAGUGGAUGUUCUUGUCAAUAAUGCUGGAAUUUUAACCGAAGUAGAACUCCAAAAGAUGCUGGACAUCAAUUUGUUGGGACCUAUUAUCGGAUGUCAAACAGCCUUGCAGUAUAUGGGUAAGAGCAAUGGCGGAAAUGGUGGUGUUGUAAUAAAUACUGCUUCGAUUGCUGGGUUUUUGCCGUUUCCUGAAAUACCUGUUUAUGUUGCCUCAAAACAUGGUGUAGUUGGUCUGACACGAAGUUGUGGUCUGCCUUUUCAUUUUAAGAAAGAUGAAGUGAUAUUUACUGCCCUAUGUCCUUCAUUCUCUGAUACACGUCUUCUGGACACUGCAAAUAAAACCCUUGAUCCUCAGUUGGACUUUUCAAAGCGUCCUAACUUAUUGAGCCCUGAGUACGUAGCUAAAGGAGCAAUGAAACUUUUGGAAGAUAAAAUCAAUGGAUCUACAUUAGUUGUUACUCAUGAUGGAUAUUUGUACGUUGAAAUCCAAGAAAAAUUGAAAAAUUUAACACUUUAAGUAGUAGUAUUAAGCCGAGAAGCAAAAUGUAAUAAACGGAAAUAUUUGCUGUAUUUUGCAAAGAUUU